UUGCACAAGUAGUUGAAUUUAGGGCUUAAAAUCUUUCUUGCUACAAUAGUUGCUUCUUUCUAGUUUCCUGUCUUUACACCUUUUUUCAGUGCCAAUUCUUAAACCUUGCCCCUAUAAGCUGCGAGCUCAAGAACACUUUUAAAUGCCGCAAAUUUCCUUCUAAAAUUGCCCCAUUUUCGAUCAUUCAACUGCAAAUUAAUCGAAAAUGACGGCGAUUUUCUGUCGAAUUAAAGAGACGAAGUUGAACAAAUUCAUCUACCAAUUCAGAAGAUAUCAUUUCCAGAUUCCUGUACCUCAGUUCGUCAAUCAAACAGCAGCUUCGCUUAGAUUAUCGGAUUAUUAUUUUCUAUCUAAUUCUCCGAAAAUUAGCCCUAAUUUUCAACGUCGGGAUGAAUUAUUCAAUUCUAGGGUUCGAUUCUAUGCGGCCCCAGUUCAGAUUAAGAAGGAGAAGGUUACUACUCCUAGUCGACCGCGGCUUAAUGAAGAGAUUAAAGCGGAUAUUUUAAGGGUUGUUACUGAUGAAGGACAUAAUAUUAUCUCAAGACAGGAAGCUCUGAAGCGUGCAAAAAGUCUCAAGCUUGAUCUAGUUGAGGUUGACCAAGUAGCAAAGCCUCCUGUUUGCAAAAUCAUGGACUAUAACCGGGAACGGUACAAGAAACAAGUUAGAGAAAAAGAGCGUGCUAAGAUAAAGUCUGCUGGCAGUCUUAAGAGAGGAGGUUGCAAAGAAAUUCGUGUUUCUGCGAAGUCUGAAUCGAAGGAUGUUAAGAUGAAAGCAGACACAAUUAGGAGAUUGAUGGAACGUGGAUACCGAGUAAAGUGCAUGGCUACUGGUACUGAAGACCAAGAUUUAAGUGGAAUUCUUUCUCAAAUUUCUGCUUUGAUUGAAGAUGAUGCGUUUGUUGAAGAAAAAAGACCAGCAUAUUUAAUAGUUAGGCAUGUCAAAUUUGGUGUGUCAAAGAAAGGAGGCAAGAAGUCUUCCAACAGUUCCAAGGACAAAACUGCUGCCAGCUCAGAGAUCCAUAACGCUGCUGCUACUUGCAGUGACAGUCCUGCUGAUUUGGGAGAAGCAUCUUCCUGUGAAGAAUCUGAUAUGGACAAUGUGGAUGAUGAUGUGGAAGCACCCUUGCAAUGUCAAGAACAGCCUACAUGGCCAGCUACUUCAGUUUCUAGUGCAGACCAAAAUUUUGCUGAAAUGUUUGACCUCAGCCAUAAUGUGAAAGGGACUACCAGCAUUCAGGAGAAGCAAAUCAGGUUUGACGACAAAGCAGCAGCUGCAACAUCCAAUAAUAAUAAUGCUGCAGGAUUCACGCCUCCUGGAGUGUGCAACUUUACUGGUCCAAAUGUAAGGCCAAUCGCACAAGAAAUUGAAAAUAGAUACGCCGGAAGCGCAGCAAAGAGUGCUUCAGCUGUGAGGAAUCCUACGAAAUUUCCUAAUAGUGAAACUCAGCGCCAAUCUCAUCCUCAACUCCACCCUAGUGCUCUUCCACCUAGAGGUCCCAGACAAGGUGGAGUUGAAGGUUCUCCAUCUAUGAAUUUCCGUCUUUCUCCAGAUGAUAUUCCUCAGCCAAGGAGCGAGUUUCAAAGUCAAUCAAGUCAGCCUAAUAGUAACUCAUCGAGCUCCAUGGGACACCCACAGCCACCUAUUACUACUGGUAGUCCUAGAUCUCAGUCAACGGGAUUUGGUACAUUUAGCAGCACAAAGGUAGAUGCACUUAAAAGCCCCAGGCAAGGUGGACUUGAAGGUUCUCGACCCACAAAUUUCCAUCUUCCUCCAGAUGUGACUCAGCCUAGGGGUGAAAUUCAUAAUCGAUCAAGUCAACCUAAUAUUAACUCAUCGGGCAGCAUUGGACACCAGCAGCCACCUAGUAAUACGAGUAGCCCUAGAUCCCAAUCAAUAGGUUUUGGUAAGUUUAGCAGUACAACGGGAGAUGCUAACCCCAAUAUUGCUGGCCCUUCAGAUGUUACUAGAAAUUCUGCUCCAGGUGGUUUGAAGCCACCUAUACCAAGAUCUGAUGGACCUCAGAAAUCAGAGUCUACUGAUAAGAAAUGGGGAAUAUUUAGUAAAUAGAGCUCAAUUCUGUGUCAGGGAGGAAUACACCAGUUUCAAGAAACAACCAAUACGGAGUAGUAUUAUUCAUUCCAAUUUGGAUUAAGUUGGGAUCAUAAAUUCAUAUAUUUGUUUUAAAUUUUUCCGUGUAAUAAACCCUUGUUGAGUUGGGCAAGUUUUUUCUACUAAUACUAGUAUUGUAUAAGCACUAUACUGCUGCAAGAAAUUUUGUAUUUUCUCUGAGUAUGA